GGCGUUUUCUUGGUCUUGGCCUUGUGUGCUCCCCUAUAUUUGAAAGGCUACAGCAUGAAUUGCUGCUGCUUCGAUUUUGUUAUUCUGCAGCAAGUCUGGUUGGUUGUGUAAUUCCGCUCCAAAAUUAUCUGCAGAUUCCAGAUUGUUUGGCAGGAUGCGUCUGUUCGAUCAGCUUUUAAUGGACAGCUGUGCCUGGUGGUCCAGGUAUCCAGUCUAAUUAAUGUACACAAACAAUCUGACAACUGCAUUUAAACAUUUAACCGGCGUACCAAACUCCACAAAUUGAUUAUGGCUGAGGGGGGCAAUGCUCUUUAUUAUGUACCUAUCCUUUCAAAUUUUCACCAAUCUCUUUAUCAUGGAUAAGCCACUAUGGUAAUUGAUUUGCUCGCAUCCAUAUUUCAGUAGUAAUCAGUGGGAUUCUGUAAUUUGAACUGGCCGAAAACCCAAAGGCCAAGCUGUCUGGGUAAGGCGGAAUACUUGAUUUGUUUUUUUUUCUUUUUCCAUUUUGACAAACGUAAAACCUUAUAAUAUUUAGUGGGACGAACAGUAGACAAUGAAGGUUGCCUAUCAUUAAGACUUGGGCUUUAUAACAGGUAAAGUGCUUGUCAGUUUCGUUUAUGAUCUCUUAGUUCUUGAUAUAUGACUGAAGCACGAAACUAAACCAACAAAAUGGAAAAGAAACAAAUGAGAAGGAUGUGCCUUCCUAGCUAUUCCUUCUUCUCAUAUUUCCGGCUCCAUCUUCCUAAACUUUUUUUUUCCUAGCAUUUUUGAGCUUUUUCUUUUUCAAGCUGCAAAUCAUGGUGCUGGCCUGGCAUCACCUAUCCAAAAUCUGUGUCCAAUUACCCUAAACUUGUAAUAGAUACUUUAUUAUGCCACCAUUGGAAAAUGUAAUAAAAAAAGUGCACUAGCAGCUCAUAUCUUCCAGUAGAAUUCUUGCAAUUUGCGGGUUUGCGAACGGGGUCUACAGUGUGAAGGGAGAAGGAUCGAUAUGAAGGCGCAAAUCUGAAAGUUUGACCCCUUUCUCUGUUUUAUGUAAAGGACUGCCACACAUCGUGGCUUUGACAGUGGUAAUGAUAGAAUAAUAGUGCUAUGGAAGAUGGCCUGAACACCCUAACAUGGGACAGAAAAAGGAAGUCAAUUAUAAAGACUGACUUAUCAUUUAGACUAAUAUCCCAAAGUCCAAAAAGCUACGGCAACAAGCAACUUAUUGCUUAUAUGCAAUAUUUCUUUAGUGCAAUAGUUUCUCCAAUCAUUCAUGCCUUAAACGCGUUUACAAAUCAACACAAAAUUGCCAAAGACGCCCUAUAAAAUGGUCUACCUCUGACAUUAACCCAAGAUAGAUAAACAAAGGAAACAGAAUGACAUUUCUAUCUUGGUUCUACUUACUCUCAAUCUUCCCUCUGUACACAUCUGCAGCAGUAUUAUUUCAGGGGUUCAAUUGGGAAUCAUGCAACAAGGAAGGGGGAUGGUACAACUCACUCAAGAAUUUCGUUCCUGAUAUUGCUAGUGCAGGAAUUACUCAUGUCUGGCUUCCUCCGUCUUCUCAGUCAGUUGCACCUCAAGGAUAUAUGCCAGGAAGACUGUAUGAUCUGAGUGUAUCAAAAUACGGUAACCAAGAUGAAUUGAAAUCACUAAUUCAGGCUCUCCAUCAGAAAGGAAUCAAAUGCCUGGCCGACAUAGUGAUAAAUCAUAGAACUGCUGAGAAACAAGAUGAGAGAGGAAUAUGGUGCAUCUUUGAAGGCGGAACUGCUGAUGAUCGCCUUGACUGGGGACCAUCCUUCAUUUGUAGAGAUGACACUGCCUAUUCUGAUGGCAAAGGAAAUCCUGAUACAGGAGGUGACUUUGAACCUGCACCCGACAUUGACCAUCUCAAUCCAAGAGUUCAGCAAGAACUCUCAGAUUGGAUGAACUGGCUUAAGUCUGAAAUUGGAUUUGAUGGAUGGCGAUUCGAUUAUGUAAAAGGCUAUGCUCCAAGUAUUACUAAAAUUUAUAUGGGAAAAACUACACCAGAUUUUGCUGUUGGCGAGAAAUGGGAUUCCCUUUCUUAUGGGCAGGAUAGAAAACCUGAUUAUAACCAGGAUGGACACCGUAAUGCACUAAAAGAUUGGAUUCAAGCUGCUGGUGGUGUUAUCACAGCAUUUGAUUUUACAACAAAAGGGAUUCUUCAAGCUGCUGUGCAAGGAGAGUUGUGGAGGUUGAAAGAUUCAAAUGGAAAUCCACCAGGGUUGAUUGGCACAAUGCCUCAAAAUGCAGUGACUUUUAUUGACAAUCAUGAUACAGGUUCUACUCAACAACUUUGGCCAUUCCCGUCAGAUAAAGUCAUGCAGGGAUAUGCUUAUAUUCUUACUCAUCCUGGAAUUCCAUCCAUAUUUUAUGAUCAUUUCUUUGAUUGGGGGCUGAAGGAACCAAUUAGUAGAUUGGCCUCAAUCCGGAAGAGCUAUGGGAUCGACUCGAAAAGUAGGGUGAAAAUUGUGGCCGCUGAAUCUGAUCUGUACAUGGCAGCAAUUAAUGAUAAUGUGAUAAUGAAGAUUGGGCCAAAGAUGGAUCUCGGGAACCUACUUCCUUCCAAGGAAUUCCAGGUUGCUACAUCUGGAGAGAGCUAUGCUGUGUGGGUGAAAAAGGUAUAAAAUGCCUAGAAGAAUAGUUUCUUGAAUAAGGAGUAAUAAGGAGUGAACGCCAAUUAUAGCUUACUCAUCAUCAUCGUCAUCAUGUAUCUCUAAAUUUUUAUUUUUAUUUUAUUAUUUUCUCUUAAGUCAAAGAUGAAGAGAUGUCAAGGGCACAAGCGCCACAAUUAGCUCAUUCUCACUAGAGGAUUCAAAGCUUUUAUACAUUCAGGAAUCACUUUUUAUGUGGCAGUAGCAGCAACUAAAUAAUGGAUGAUAAAACGAUGAGCAAAUCCUUUUGUAGCUCAACUAA